AUGGAGUCGGAUGACGGGGUGAACGUCAAGAUCACGAAGUUGACCAAGAUUUUCUUGGACAGUGGUCUUGCUCGCCAUGAAGUCGUGUCCCCCAGUUUGGUUUUGUGUCAUCCUUCCAACAGAGGUGGCAGCAUGUUGAAUGGCCAUGAUGUGGUUCAGAAGGGUGAGGUCCUCAUGAAGCAAGGAGUCCGUCAGGAUCUGCUGGAGGCAUCCAGUGUCGCCUUUUGUCUGUCCAAGCAAGAAGAGAAGCGAAAGUCUCAGGUGAAUGCGAACAAGCUCUUGGCAAGCCAUCACCCCGACUUACUUGCUCCCCCCAGCGGUGCAGAGAGGUACCUGUCGGUAGGCUCCAGCCACUCAACCGCCUACAUGAGAGCAAUGCUGUCCGGCAUCCUCCCUGAAACCCACCUGAGCAAGAAGGAUGGACCAUUGAAAACGUGCUUGCACACGGGAUGGCGGUGGUUAAUCAUCGAAGACCUCGUUGAGGAAGAAUUCCCAUCGAUGCCCCUUCUUCUAGCAUCGGGGUUAAAUUCGACCAACUCGGUCCAAGUCAGCCAGAGCGAAAUCGAAGUCUUGAUGACGAUCGGAAGGUAUGUGUCCUUGCAUGGCAUGAGUGUGCAGCAGGCAAAGGACAAAUGCCUCGAGGCCGAACCUACAUGUAAGGACUAUAUAGACGUCCUGGCCCAUUUCGCGGCUCGUUAUGGAGGAGGCGAAGGUUUCCCUCUGUUGGAGUUUUUGGGGGCUUUCGGAAAGGUCUACGGUGCCAGCCGGGUGCUGGGGUCGGUGUUUAUGAAAGCCGUUACCUAUUGCGACUUCAAAGUGGAGGGGAAUUUGCUGCCGUGUCUACGGGUCGCACUUCUUGCAGCACAAAUCACCAGCCCAAAAGCUGUUGAUAAAGUGGCCCAGUUGUUGUUCAAGUCGGAUAUCGAGAAACUGAAGAACUUCAAAAACAAGGGACCUCUUGUAGAAGCGGAAAACCUCCUGAAGGGCUGCUGGGACACGGUGCAAGCCGCGAAUGUUGAUGCCAAGCAAAGGAUGCAGGCCUACGGUCGAUGCUCAGUUCGGGUGGCACUCUUUCUGUGUCAGAAGGAGAAAGAGGGACGGGAGGGACAAGAAAUGGGGAGUCUCGCUGAGAUUUCCAAAGCUUUCGGUAUGGAACUCUUGGGCAUGUCCUCUGGACCGGCCAGUUCAUCCACAGACUCCGCCCCGGUUGUUGAGAACAUGUUGACGGCUAGCUUCACGGAUGUGGUUCUGAAGCAGCACAAGCACUUGCAUGUCGGUGGCAGCUUUGUACACAAGGAUCACGGCACCAAAAUCUUUGUCAUGGUAGGUGUUGAGGAUGACAAAGUCGUGUUCCAGCACCAGUCUUUGCUCGGGGAACCCAUGAGGGUUCAGGUGCCAGCUUCGGCUGAGUUGGGGAAUUGGAAGAAGACGAAGCGAGUUCAGCCUGUUGUUCUCGAUGCCGUGAAAGCUUCGGGGUACACCGUGUCGGCUAGCCGUAUGCAGGCCGAGGCAUUUGAGUUGGGGCAGGCUCAGCUAGAGUUGUAUCGAGAGUUCAUUGCCAAGCACGAUGACAAGAAGGAUAUCAGCUUCGUGACCCCGCCUUCGGGCUUGUUGGUCACGGCCCCCAUCAGGAAAGGUGCCCUGUCCCUGGUUGCUUUUGGCCAGCUUACAAUUGUCAAGGAGCCUAGCAAGGUGAAGGAUGGUGUUUGGGUCGGGACGUACUUGCUCCAGGGGCCCAAGGUUGUGUCCGAUUUCGAGAAAUUGGACGACAAGUCCUUGCUUGUGCCGUUUUGGUAUGUUCGUGCAACCAACGAGAAGGAGCUGGUCAAUAUGACCUUCGUGCAUAAGGAGCUUGGCUCCCUGAAGGUGCCCAGCUACUUGAACCGUCGCGACUUGGCACCAGGAGAACUUCUCUACUGUGCCAGUGACAGCCUCAUCGCCAAGAUCAAGACAAGAGACCACGGUCUCGGCUUGGUCAUCCCUUCAGACUUGGUGCUGGAGCACGAGGGGAAGAAAUACUUGAAAUUGGUGGGCAGUCAUUAUUGGCUGUGCAAACUCGUAUGCCCUGAAGCUUACAAGCGAACCAAGAACAUCACCCUCGCGAACACAGCUGCAAUGAAAGAGUUGCUAGAGGCAGUGCUUGCAGGGUUCCUGACAAAGGAAAACGAAGAACAGGAAGAGCUGUUCGAAAAGAAGCCGGGCGACAAGAAGGGCAUGAAAAGGAAACGAAGCAUUUUGUUGACCACGAAUGUGAAGAGCAUCACCUUGCCGGACGAUACGAUUGCAGAGUUUUGCCUUGAGAACCAUCAAACCUCGUGCCCGGCAGUGUUGAUCGAGAACUCGUCUCUGGAAGCAGUGCUGGGCUACUUGCAGGGUGCUUGUGAGGAGUGCUCGGGUGCCACGAGAGCCUACUCGAAGACUGGUAAGUUCAAGAAGAAGUGUUGUAUCCUGAUCGACAUGUUGAUGGCAUGCAGGACGGAAUGCAGGAUCAUUCACGGUCCGUGGCGGCACAGCGGGCGAAGCCUGAACAAUUGCCCUGUGCUGUGCAAGUCGUGGCACGAGGAUGACCCGGAUCCCACUCCGGCAUGGCUUUUCAGGCUUCGGGGCUCGCCGUGGUGGGUCGUGGCGAGCUCCGUCGUGGAGGAGGACGACUGGAGCGGAGUGGAGGUGCUGGCAUCCAUCGAGGGCGACUUUUUGCCACAGGGCAGGGUCUACGUGCCGUGGGACAAAUGGGAGGCGGAGGCAAUUCUUCCCGUUUGGAGCCAAGGCCUUUGCCAGGCGAUCGUGGAAAUCUUCCAAGGGUUUUCCACUGUGGCUUGGGCAAAUGAAGCAAGCUAUCUGGGUCAGAUCCAGCGGUUGGAAGCCCGUGUGCAGCUGCUCAAAGACGAGAAGACCCAGCUGGAACUACUUGUGGAGCAGCUCUUCUUGGAU